AUGGCCGCGAGAACCAUUAUCAUCGACCACGGGUCUGGCUUUCUGAAGGCUGGCCUGUCCGGGUGGAAUGAGCCCCAGAUGGUCUUCCCGAGCGUUGUGAACUACAUUCCGUGCAGGGAGAACCCCGGCCCCAGCUACGCCCGAAGACGCGUGAGUCUGGGCAUCGACAUUUACCAUCCUGACACCUUCAGCUACCCCGUCCAGCGUGGCCGUGUCCUCAACUGGGAGGGCGUGGAGCACAUCUGGUCCUUCGUCCUGGAGACACAUAGACGGGAGCACGAGGACUCCCCUGUGAUAGUCACAGAGUCCCCCCUGAGGGAGCCUGUGGACCGACAGAAGACCCUGGAGAUUAUGUUUGAGUUACUGGAUGUCCGGUCCAUACUCCUGGCCGACCAGCUGGAGAUGUCCCUGUACGCCUCUGGCCUGCUGACCGGCGUGGUGGUUGAUUCUGGUUACGGCCUGACCCGCGUGCAGCCUUUCCAUCUGGGCCACCCCUUACAGCCCAGUGGUAAGACGCUGGAGUUCGCGGGCCAGGAUCUCUCCGCCUACCUCUUCAAGAGCCUCUUUAAGGAAGAUAGCAACCAACACAACUUGUUUCAGCUGGACACGGUCACCAACACUCAGAUGAACAAGUGCUACGUGCCGCAGAAUCUGGGGGAGGCGCUGGACUUCCGUCAGAGCCUGCCCAAUGGCUCAGAUGAGAACAACACCUAUCAGCUCCCGGAUGGCACCCCCGUGGAGCUGACCCCCAUGCAGCGGCUGGCUCCCGAGAUGUUCUUCAGCCCCCAGGUGUUCGACCUGGAGGGGCCCAGCAUCUCUCAGGCUGUCUUGGAUUCCAUCCAGACCUGCGAAGCCUCUCUGCACCCACUGCUCAUCUCCCACGUGGUGGCCUGCGGGGGGAACACCCUCUAUCCGGGCUUCACGAAGCGCCUGUACAAGGAGCUGAUCGAACAUCAUUUCUGCUCCACCAAGACCACCGUAUGGGUGGGUUCCAACAGAAACUUUAGUGUCUGGUUAGGAGCAUCUGUUGUGGCUCAUCUGUCUACCUACAAGUCUGAGUGGAUGACCAAAGAGGAGUAUGAAGAGAGUCUGAGGCUGUGA